CUGACCCUGACGACAUAUUAGAUAUGCGAGUAACCCCUACUUGCUCAGUUGCAUUUGUUCAACCGCAUCCGCUCUCCCUUAAUCAGAAGCCUCGAGGGACUGUGAGAAGCUAAUUACUUCCCCCAUCCUUCAAGAUGCACCACCCCCCACGUUGGGUGUGUUCGUUCGGGCACUCCCUCCUCCGACAAGGGUGCCAGCCUCGGUCUGUCAAACUAACACUACCAAUCCUGUCUUCUAAAGACAACCCAUUCGUGCGCUGUCUUCCAGUCUUGCCAGCUGCUCGGUUCUUUACAUCAUCCCCACCUGCACCCAGCCGUGAUCCCUCACCAGAAAGCCAAAUCAGAGAUUGGCUCCGCAGGAUAAAACACGACAAAUGGGGCUGGGUCAUCUACCGCUGCACCUACAGCGACGACGCAGCAUGGGCCCGCUUCAAGCAGAUGAUCGAGCAGUGAUCACGCAGAGAGAUCGCCGAAUCCGACACCCCCGAAGUGGCCGACAGUCUGGAGUGGACCUUUGUGGAGGACGCGUCCACGCUCGACGGCGCGUCGAGGGACCAGCUCCGCGCGCGCUUCCGGGCGUGGGUGCCUGGGGCGGCCAGGACGGAGCAG